GCCCCCGGGCCCUCGGAGGGAGCUGGCGGCUCGACUACGCCGGACCGAUGUGGCGCAUGCGUGGUGGCGCCACCCGGAGCGGGAGCUGCGGCGGGGACGGCGGCGGCGGCGGCAACCGCGGAGAGUCGGGCCGCCUGGGCCGGGCCCGUGAGGGCGGCGGCGGCGGCAGCGGCGUGGGUUGGCGAGGCCGCGCGGGCGGGGCCCGGCGACAGCUGGAGGAGCGCUUCGCCGACCUGGCGGCCAGCCACCUGGAGGCCCUGCGCGCGCGCGACGAGCGGGACCGGCAGAACGCGCGGCUGCGCGAGGAGAACGCCCGCCUGCGCCUGGAGAACCGGCGGCUGAAGCGCGAGAACCGCAGCCUCUUCCGCCAGGCUCUGCGGCUGCCCGGCGACAGCGGCGAGCGGGAGGCCGCCGACCCGGCCCGCGGCCCGCACGAGCCCGCCGCCGACCGCAGGGCCGGCGCGGGAGGCCGCGAGGGCGAGCCGGGCAGCCCCAGGGCGCUGCGGGCCCGGCUCGAGAAGCUGGAGGUCAUGUACCGCCGGGCCCUGCUGCAGCUGCACCUGGAGCAGCGGGGCGCGCGCCCGCCGGAAGACAGCGGCGACGCAGCGAUCCGAGAAACCGCCACCGGCCUGCGCGCCCAGGACCCGGACGUCCCCGGGCCCUGGCUGUAGCCCGAGGGCGCGGCCGGAGGGGCGGGGCCAG